AUAGAAAUUGGCAUUUGCAAUAGCCAUGCCAACCUCCAUUUCAAUUUUACUUCCUUUGUCACACUCCAAAACCUUUACCGUUUCCCACACUCACAAAUCCCAAACCUACAUCUUCAACCACAACAACAAACCCCACACCCGUUUUCUCUUCUCCUUCUCCAAAUCAGGUCGAUCCAAAAUCUGCAACCUUAAAACCCGUUGCGUUUCAGAUGACGUCCCUAGGUUCCAUAAACGGGUCGGGUUAUUGGCAUCAGUUUUAUCUGGAGGCGAUUGGUGGACAUUGCCAAACCACCGGGAAGACGAAGCGGAACCUACGGCUGCGAUUGUCGCUCUCCGACGAAUGUGGGAGUUGGUUGCCGAUGAGCGAUGGGUUGUGACUGUGGCGUUCGGGUCCCUUGUCAUUGCUGCUCUUUCCGAAAUCACUAUGUCAAGUAUAUUAGCAGCGUCAAUAUUUUCAGCACAGAGUGGUGAGACUGCGGCAUUCUCAAGGAAUGCAAUGUUUUUGGUUCUACUAUGUUUUACUUCAGGAAUAUGCAGAUUGAUGCUGAGUUAGAUGUAUAAGCAUUGAAGUGCUGGAAAAUCUGUAAACAUACCCAAAUCAUUUCUAGUAAAGGCUGGAAUCGGUAAGUGAUUUCGAGACUGGAUGUAGACUAUUGAAUUGAUAGUCGAACCAGUAUAAAAAUCCAUGGUGCACACUUCUCUAUCUCUAUACUCUUUAUCUUGAUAAUACAUGUGUUCUUGAAUCUCU